AAACAAAGGAAGUGGUCCUCAACCACGGGAAGCAGGAAGUGUCUGCUGGGUCCUCGGCUGAAGCCCAGGGACAGUGGGAUGGAGUCCGUGGCCCUGUACAGCUUUCAGGCCACAGAGAGUGACGAGCUGGCCUUCAACAAGGGGGACACGCUCAAGAUCCUGAACAUGGAAGAUGACCAGAACUGGUACAAGGCCGAGCUCCGAGGAGCCGAGGGUUUUGUUCCCAAGAACUACAUCCGUGUAAAGCCACAUCCGUGGUACUCGGGCAGGAUUUCUCGGCAACUGGCUGAAGAGACUCUGAUGAAACGGAACCACUUAGGAGCCUUCCUGAUCCGGGAGAGCGAGAGCUCCCCUGGCGAGUUCUCCGUCUCUGUGAAUUAUGGCGACCAGGUGCAGCACUUUAAGGUGCUUCGAGAGGCCUCAGGGAAGUACUUCCUAUGGGAAGAGAAGUUCAACUCCCUCAACGAGCUGGUCGACUUCUACCGAACCACCACCAUCGCCAAGAGGCGGCAGAUCUUCCUGUGUGAUGAACAACCACUGACCCAGCCGACCAGGGCUUGCUUUGCCCAGGCCCAGUUUGACUUCUCAGCACAAGACUCAUCCCAGCUUAGCCUCCGCCGAGGUGACAUCGUGGAAGUCGUGGAGUGUGGGGACCAGCACUGGUGGCGGGGCCGGGCCGGUGGGCGUCUGGGUUUUUUCCCACGGAGCUACGUGCAGCCGGUACACCUGUGACCCCGUAAGACCAGAGGAGCGAUGCUCUGGGCACAGCCUCUUCACACUAACCAGGACCGAUGUUGGUCACCACCAGGCUGGUUGCUGGGUUCAUGAUGCCACCCACCACUGACAAGGCCCAGCCUCUCUAGGCUUGAGGACCAACUGCUAAUGGCUAGGGCCCCGCUCAAAGAGUGCUCCCCUUGAGCAGUUACCUGCCGCCCAUGUUCCAAAAGCACCCUUCAGAUUGUGCAAGUUGCAGGGAAUGUGACUUAGCCCUGAGCAACCUGGACUUCCAUGAGGGCUCAGGGUAGUUCCUCCCACUUGAACACUUUGGAAGCCCCUGGCCUUACCCUACCAGCACCUGAUGAGGCUCUAUAGAGGUGAGUCCCAUCGGAAGAGGCCCUUUAGGGACAGACGCAAUACAGUGGGUCCCCUCCUGUUAGCUACAGAGAGAGCCCAGCCUGGAGGCAAUGGGUUCUGCUUGUUCUGGAAGAACAGACAGCCUACGGCCUGCAGUGAGUGGACAUGAAGUCCAAGGAGAUGAUGCCUGGCCAUUGAGGGACCCUGAGCUGUCUCUGCCCAGAGUCACAGCACCUUCAGGUUGGGAAAACUGGGUCAGGUUUGACAAGGCCUGGCAUGGUGGUGGGCUUUGGGGGAGGGAGGAGGAGAGAGAGCGUGCACCUCUGUGGUUGUCUUUAGUCCCUUGAAGAGCCCAGGUUGCAGGAGUUCUCCCUGAGUCCAGGCUGGCCCAAGACCCUUCAAGCUCUGAGCCUGGCAUACCCUAUGCUGCCAACCCAUACCUGCAUAUUCAAAAUAAAACAUGAACCAGUAGACAUCCAACAGAAUCUUCCAAA